AAAAGGUAAGCCGAACAGAUGAAGUCAUGGAAUCGGACAAGUUAAACGAAUUGAACCGACAAAUAAAUGAGAUUAAAAAGCGCAUUUUAUUGGCAGAGGGCCAAAAGACGGCUAAUGCGGCCGAAUGGCAGAAGCAGAACCGCAUCAACUGUGACACAAUUGGCUCCUUGAAAAAGGACAUCAAGGAGCUGACAGUCAAGGCGAGUCGUCUGCGAAAUCCCCUCCAGCGACCGGUGGUCAUAAAGGAACCCACUGGGGAAACCCGGAGGGCGCAGAGCUGCACACCCACUUUAAUUGUGGGCAAGGCCACAUAUCCUGUGGGAGCCAAAAAUGCCGAUGAUGCAAUAUUCUUAACUGAUCUCAAAAUUACCGAGAGCCGCAAGCAGAUGGAUUUGCUGCGACAUCGUUUCAAAUCCCGCCAACAGCACUUCAGUAAACUUGUGGAGAAAUACCGGGGUCUGCUGGCCAACAAGGAGGCUCAGAACCAGAAUUUGGGCGAAAAACCCCCAGAAACUCUGGAGGAGGAUGCCAACAGAAAGCUCGUAUGCCAGCUGGAAAACGAGAUCCACCGCACCAAUGUGCAGUGGAUGGAGGCGGAGCACAUCCGCAAGAAGUACCGCUCCAUUGAGGCAUCUUUAAUGACGGAUGCGGAGCGUUUUGAGCAGAGUCUGCGAGAACUGGAGGCUUCCCUGAGUGACCAGAAGGCGGAGAUCGAGCGACUGCAGCAGGUUCACAACGAGGCGGUCGAGAUGAGGGAUGCGGCCAAGGUUAUCCUACAGCGUCAGGAGCAGCAGGCCAAUCUCUCUCAGAAAACGCGGGAGCGACAGGCCCUCGACUUUCGCAAACAGGUGGAGGCCCGUAAGCUGGAGCUGGAGCGGAUUGGGCGGAAGCUCUUUGCCGAAACCAAGACACUGGUCCAUCAGGAUAGCGUGGGUUCUAGCUCGGGCGAUCAGCACACUGCCAAGACGGAGAACGGCGAGGAGGAGCCGGUGUCCCAACUGGAGAGCGUUACCAGCGAUAUGGAAUCCCUGUUCAAGCAGCUCAUGGAGGCCUCCGGGGCCACCUCGCCCUUCGAGGUCUUCGAGAGAUUCAGCGCCCAGAAGGAGUCCGCAGCCCGUUUGAAUUACCUUCGAAAGGCGGCCGAGGCGGAAAAGGCCAAUCUGGAGGCGGAACGGGAAGCUUUAUCCAGCGAACUGGAGGCAUCCAAAUUUUCGGAUGUCAAGGAGAGUGAAGUAAACCAAGAGGUCAUUGAGCAAAUCAAGAACAGCAUAGCCGCCAAGGAGCAGGAUCGCAAACUGGACACUGACGAGGCGGGCAAAUCUAUGGGGGUAUUAAAGUAUCUCAAGGAGCGCAUCUGCGAGAUGAUUUUCAAGGUGCAGGAGGUGGACGAGAGCAACAUAGAGAUACCCGAAAGGAAGCUUCAUGUUAGCGUAGCAGAACUACCCAAUUUUCUGGCCCAUACUGCCGAGGAUGAGGAUAUGAUUGAGAUCCUAAAACUAAAGAUUAAGCGCUGCCAAGAGUUGAGCAAAUCCGAGGAUGUGCCACCGUUUGAGAUCCCGAAGUUGGACAUCGUUGACGAGGAGGAGGAGGAGAUGUACAGGGCGGAGCAGCCCAAGUCCCCAUCCGCUCCCGAGGGCGAGAAGCCACAACCCAUGCCCGUUUGCUACUACAACCUGUUCGCAGGACGAGCUCAAAGGGCUGCCGGCACCUCCUCAUCCUCUCCAGAACAGGCCCCAGCAGCGGUGGCCACCGCCGAUGAUGAUAAUGAAGUGCCUUCCCGCAACUUCCUAAAGCGACAAUCAGUGCUCAUCGUCGAUUCAAAAUCCCGUCGGAAACCAUUUAGACCCACACCCGGAGGAAGACGCAAAUAAGUUUGUUCAGAGAGAAACGGGAUUGUAUUGAAAUCAUUUUAUACACCCAGUUGAAUAAAAUAUUGGGUGACAAUCUAUUUUGCAAUUGGAUAAACAGGAAUUUUAAAAUGGAAACAAUCGAGAAGGCUUUAGUCAAUUAUAGCCUCUACUAUUAUAUACCCGUUUAUCAAGCUAUUUCACUUGGAUAGUCAAAUUGUCUUUACUAGAUAGGCAUUUUCCUUAAACGAAGCAUUUUUAAAACUUUUCUCGGCAAUUUCAUUAGUUUUCUUUAACUUCUAGAUUUCAAACGUAAAUCCUUUUGGAACGAAAACCCAGCGGCAUAUUAAAAAUACAUGCACAGAUUGCGGUCAUUAAAGAAAAUAAGGAAAUAUAACUCUGGCAGGCAGUGGACAUAUUUUUGAUAAUGAAUGGAGUUUCAAGAAAAACCAUUUGAACAUCCGUUUUUGUACAUAUUCAAGGCUAUCCAAGCGUGCAAAGAAAAUUCUUUGCAGUUACUUAUUGCCAGGGGGCGAUUUAAUAUCUGCAGCAACAUCCUCUGCAUAUUCAUUCUGUUUACUGCAGUUUCUGGAUAAAUGUCAGCAGCUUCAGUCAAACGACAUAACAAAUAGCUGUCCCUGCGAUGCAUCUACUGCAAAGACAACGACAACGAAGUGGGUAAACAGAAUUUACUGCCCCGAGGAGGACGACUUGGACGAAUGGACGCCUUGGAUGCCUGCACUAGAAGGACGACUAGGAGGAGGACUUUUAGGUUGGGUGGCCUGGUGGUAAAUGAAGUGCAAAACGGAACAAAGUGCGGACCGCGACUGUUUCAGACGAAAUAACCUUUCAAAAAUUGUUUACACCACUGGUGCACAGUGGGCUGAACUUAGUUUUUUUGGUGCUAGAUUUUAUAAUAAAAUCAAACGAUCUAUUUA